GAUGAAGAUCGCCUCUUCGACGCUGAGGGCGGCGACUGUGGGGCGGCCCCCGUCGACGGCUACAGCGGCAAACGCAAGGCUGACUCGCUGGUGGACCUGAUCACUCAGGGAUCCGACGAAGAAAUGGUCGGGGAGGCCGCGCCGUCCGCCCUACCUGGAUGGCUGAAGGCGCUCAUCCUUCCCAUGAAUCGGGUCUGCGCCUCGGUCGGCACGAUGCAGCAGCAGUUGGCUGACCGCGACCUCAAGUUCGAGAUUGCGCAGCGCCAAUACGAUUCCAUCCACACAGAUCUUCAAUCAUCAGUCGACAAGGCUCUCGACACCGUCUCGGACGCUAAGAUUCGAGCCAAUUUUGACGAGCUCGACCGCAAGUUUCAGAUGGCUUCCACGGCUGCCUCUUCUGUUGGUGGUAGCUCAGUGGCGGGAGGUUCUGGCCGCCCCCCUAAUCGUGAAGCUGAUGGGUGCCCGCGCACGACUCAGAUAGCUGGCGACAAAACAAAGGUGUGGAUUGGCGGCUUUAAGAGACCCAUGCUGGCCCGUGUCCUGCAACGGCACUCCGACUGGGUCAAGCAGCAGUUCCCGCUAGGCACGACCAAGAACGCCACGGUCCACGCCUCUAUCUUUUCGCAGUCAUACAAUUUCAAGUUUCCAGAUGAGGAUGAGGCCAAGAAGUUCCUCGAUGUUGCCAGGACCAGGGGGCUCUUCUACGAGGACACGAAGCUCGGCCAGGUCGAGCUGAGGGUCAGGCUCGACGCCCCGCCGUUCGUUCGUGCGCGGCACAAAGUGCUCGGUCAAGUCUGGCAGAGGGUCGUUGAGCACAGGAAGUCUCACAAUGUCGACUUUCGCGGCCAACAUUGGCAGAUCGGCUGCAACGGCUUCCGUGGCUUCUUGUUUGUCACGGUCAACGAUGACAUCUUCGUAGCCCGCAUUCAGGAGCUCGACCACGACCAGUGGGUUCUCGAGCCCGAGUCCAGCCACCUCUCGCAGUUCCAGAUCCCUGAGGACAGUCAGCUCGACAUGAGUGAGGGUAUGCUUUGGGAGCAUUCUAUGCGAGCAGCCCGACUCUGGGGCGCAGCGUACCUGCCGCGGGACCUCGGCGGGCGUUUCAAGUCGUGGGCUGAAGCGCCCUCGCACUUCGCGAAUUCGAUCUCCCGGCAGCAGUACUUCCAGCUCUUCUUCGGCUUCCUUUUCCGUCUCCUCUUCUGGCAGUUCCAGGUCGUCAUCCUCCUCCAGCUCCUCGCCUUCGCCUACGCCGGGUGGCCCGAGUCCGGUGGCAGCGCAGCAGCUGCCUUUUCGGCCUCGUGA